AUGAAGUGGAUCUUCUCCCUGCUCUGGAUGGGAGCACUCCUGGAAUGGGGGACAACAAACCGCCCCUACAUUCAUCCUUUCUAUCUGUUCGCCUGUGACCAAACUAGGCUCCAGGAUGAAAUGGACCAAAAUGACAGCUUCCUUUCUGAACUGAGUGGAUUCGAUGAUCCAAGCCUUGUCAAUGUUUCUGCGGACUGGUGGAAGGGUGUGGAGCUAUGGAAGCCAAGCUCCACCAAGAUGUCUGCCUUAAGCCAGCUCCAGGACACUCAGGCCAAAAUCUGGUUUGCCACACUGAGUACACUGGAGGGGACAGAGGUCAUGCUGCUGUCCCCCUUCCACCUGUACAGGAGCUUGGCUGCUCUCUCCCUGGGGGCUGGAGGCACCACCGCCCAAAGCUUCCAUGAACACUUGGGACUCGUGGAUUCCAGAUGCACAGGUGACCAGCACUUCUGGAUCAUGCGCUGGCAAGGCAGGCUGCUCCACCACAAAAUCCUCACUCGGCUGGAAGGCUUGGUGUCCACCGGCACCUGGUUGGUUUUCCGGAAGGGUCUGCAACUCCGCAAAUCCUUCAUCUGGGAGCUCCAGUGGUUCUACCCCGAGGUGCAGCUGAGAGCCGCCAACAUCAACCAGCCCCACAUGGCCGAAGAGGCAAUCAACAGCUUCAUCUGCAACGCGACUGCUGGCAGGGUGAGCAACCUGGUGACUGGCCUAAGCCCCAGCACCAACUUGGUGUUGGCCAGUUACAUUCAAUUUAAAGGAAAAUUGAAGACCAGAUCUCAAUGUCAUGGGUCAGAAUUUCAGGAUUUCUUCAAUGAUGGGGAGAGCAAAGUCCAGGUCUCUAUGAUGACCUGGUGUGGCAAACUGCAGUACAAGAUUGAUCCUAAAUACACUUUGAUUAAACUCCCAAUGAACGGAACAAUGUACAUGAUGCUUGUCCAGCCAGUCCAACCUGACAUGUUGCAGGAGAUUGAAUCCAAACUAGAAGUUAACAGGAUCACACUUCAAACUGGGGUUGUGAGACUCAUCUUGCCACGGUUCAAAUGGAACAGUACGUAUGAUGUGAAAGAGCUUUACCGCAGGAUGAAGCUGCCAGAUAUGAUGAGUGGUCAAGCCAAUUUCUCCAGAUUAAGCAACAUCCAAGAGCUGACACCAGACCAGGUCAAACAACAUGUUAUUUUUGAAGUGAUUGAAGAUGGGGGGAAGCCAACCCCUGCAGAUGUUCCCUUCAGUAACACAACCAUCACAAUGGAGAUUCGGAUAGACAAACCUUUCUUUUUCCGAGUUUAUCAGACAUUGAAUCAGCUGCUGUUUCUUGGCAGAGUAAAGAAACUUCACUGA